ACAGAAAAGUUAGCGGCGGAUUUUUUUUUGGCUCCUGACAAGCAGCAUCCCUACGAAAGCAUCAUGGCCAACAAAGCACAGCAGCCUCCUCACCUGCACCUGGCCGAGGUCACCGCGUCCCAGUUCCUGGACAUUUGGAAACAUUUCGACGCUGACGGUAAUGGCUACAUCGAGGGGAAGGAGCUGGAGAACUUCUUCAAGGAGUUGGAGAUGGCCCGGAGAGGAGCAGGGGUGGACCCUUCAAACCCCACAUUCAGAGAAAAGAUGAAGGAGUUCAUGCAGAAGUUCGACAAGAACAAAGACGGACGAAUUGAGAUGUCAGAGCUGGCCCAGAUUCUCCCAACAGAAGAGAACUUCCUGCUCUGCUUCAGAGAGUUUGUCAGCUCCAGUGCUGAGUUUAUGGCGGCAUGGCGGCGAUAUGACACAGAUCGCAGCGGCUACAUUGAAGCAAAUGAAUUGAAGGGCUUUCUGUCAGACCUGCUGGAGAAGGCUAACAGACACUACGAUGACAAGAAGCUCCAGGAGUACACACAGACCAUACUCAGGAUGUUUGAUCUGAAUGGAGAUGGGAAGUUGGGCCUGUCAGAGAUGGCAAGGCUUCUCCCUGUUCAGGAGAAUUUCUUACUCAAAUUCCAGGGUGUCAAGUUGACCACUGAGCAGUUCAAUGCCAUCUUCACAUUCUAUGACAAGGAUGGGAAUGGCUACAUUGAUGAGCAGGAGUUAGAUGCCCUGCUACGAGACCUUUACCAGACAAACAAGAAGGAGGUGGAUGUGAAGAACCUGGGGGGCUACAAGGAGAGCAUCAUGAAACUGUCCGAUGGAGGGAAGCUCUACCGUAGCGAGCUGGAAAUUGUCCUCUGCAGGGAGCCCAUAGUGUGACUCUUCCUCCUCUCUCUUGUUGUGCAUCAUCAUUUUCUCUGCCUGCCCUGCCCCGCUCUCCCGAGACCACGCCCACUUCUAACUGCCUGGCAACAUAUACCAGGUGCAUGUGCCAGACACCCCUGCCCCCUAUCAUUUCCCCAACCCGCCCUCAAGUUACAACAUCAGAACUAAUAAGUGCACCGUCAGCACGCAAAACAGCUCUUCCUCCUUGAACCCUCAUUUUUCUGCCACCUGACUUGUCUGAAACCUCUACAGUAGCUUUUCACCUUCUCAGCUCCUGCCCCAUGUCCUUUACUAUUUCUGACCUCAUAAACAUCCCUGCCAUCCAUGCUGUGCCUGACUUGCAACUCCUGACCAAAAGCCCAACCCAGUUUUUUCCACAGAAACAACCUUUUGACCCGUUGAUAACCCCCGAACCUUGACCCCGGCUUCGUUGACCCCUCCAUCCCCACCCUCGUCCAACUUUGCAUUAGAUACAAUAUAUAUAGUCAUACAAAACUGCAGACAGCUGUGUUUGAAUUUAUAGUUUGUGAUGGAACUGAUUUUUCCGCCUGUUUGCCCUG